UCUUGUGCCGAUGGAGCCAUCUUCAGACUCAGAUAUGAAAUUGCACUGAGUGCAGGCAGGUGCUCUGCCUCCAUGGCAGGAGUCGGCCUUAAAGCUGGCCGACCGUCAUAGCUGCGAAGCUGCUAAUCACUGAAUCCACGUGACGUGUCCCUCCUACUUAUUGGGUGACUUUACAGAGGAGAGCUGUCCUUUUUUUCAAGCCAGAGAGUGCAUCUGCCUCUGUGUUGAAGAAGGUGGUGUGAACGCGCUCUGACCAGAAGGAAUCACGACUGGGAUCCCCAGCAGCAAGCACGCGCCCUACGAGACGGUAGCCAAAACUGCUCCACUGCAGUAAGAAGGUGAGCAAGAAGAACUCUGCCCUUGUGAACCUCGCGGAUUCUCACGUGCUGGGGCCUGGAGCCGAUGGCAGACAAUGUCAACAACUAACAACAUAGCGCAGGCCCGGAAGCUGGUGGAGCAGCUCCGCAUCGAAGCCGGCAUCGAGAGGAUCAAGGUCUCGAAAGCAUCUUCCGAACUAAUGAAUUACUGCGAGCAACAUGCCAGGAACGACCCGCUGCUGGUUGGAGUGCCCGCUUCGGAGAAUCCCUUUAAGGACAAAAAGCCGUGUAUCAUCCUAUAGCUUCCCUCGCUCCGGCGCGUGCGAUCUCUCAGGCAGGGCACCGUUCUCCAUCAACUGAAACCAAGCUACAAACUUAGAGCUGCGCCGAGGGGUAAACACUAAACCUUGGAUUCGAAUAGAACUUCAAUCUCAAAAAAAAAAAAAAAAACAAAACAAAAAUCGCAAAUGGUUUAGGGAAGGGCGUCUGCUCCUGGGCUGGUGCCGCGCUGCGAGGGG